AUGGCUCUCCCCACCGCAGCGCCCCAGAGCGGGCCAAGCUUGCUGGGCCUGCCAAUGAAGCAGGCCUCCCUGAUCACAUUAACAUUCCAAAAUUCCGCAUUAAUACUUAUUAUGCAUUACUCUCGAGUGAUGGCACCUCCAGGUGACCACCGAUACUUUGCUUCGACUGCCGUGCUCCUCAAUGAGCUUCUCAAACUCGCUAUGUCCCUCACCUUUGCCAUUUACGAAGUAUCCCGAAGCCUGGCGCCCCAGACCCCGGCAACAGUCCUGCUUGAGCAAGUGUACCAUUCGGUAUUUUCAGGCGAUGGGUGGAAGCUGGCCAUUCCGGCUGUGCUGUACACGCUGGAGAACACGCUCCAAUAUGUUGCGCUUGGGAACCUGGAUGCGGUGCAUUUCCAGGUCUUGUUCCAAUUAAAGAUCAUCACGACAGCAGUGUUUAUGGUGGUGCUGCUGGGCCGGACGCUUGGGGCCAGGCGGUGGCUAUCCCUUGUCAUCCUGACUAUGGGGGUGUCAGUUGUAUCGCUUCCGUCGGCCAGUUCCCCGGAUCUUUCGGUUGACAUCCACGAUUUCAGCGACCACUUUUUCCCACGGUCAGUCCACGAACUCGGCCAAUUUGCUGGUGGUGUUGUGGAGGCGGCGAGGGAAUUGACGAAACGAGGUGUCACUGGGCUGGUUGGGGAGCUGACUCGACGAUCGGCCACCUACGAAGGCAUCAAAGAGGACCAGGAACCUACGUUGUCGACGAUGAACUACUCGGUGGGCGUUACGGCUGUUUUGGUCGCAGCACUUGUCUCGGGGCUGACGGGGGUUUACUUCGAGAAGGUGCUGAAGGACUCUACCACACCAGCCUCUGUGUGGACGAGGAAUAUCCAGUUGUCAUUUUACUCGCUAUUCCCCGCGCUGUUUGUUGGGGUCGUCUUCAGCGACGGACGGGAGAUCGCCAGGCAUGGUUUCUUCGACGGAUACAAUGCGGUUGUCUGGACAGCAAUUGUGCUUCAGUCGGUGGGCGGAAUUUUGUCGAGCAUCUGCAUUCAAUACGCAGACAACAUUGCAAAGAACUUUGCGACCAGCAUCAGCAUCAUCAUCAGCUUCCUUUUCAGCGUGUUCUUCUUCGACUUGGAGAUUACAGUAUCGUUCUUGUUUGGCACAGCUCUUGUGCUGGGAGCCACAUACUUGUACGCCCUCCCGGAAGGAAAACGCGCGCGGCCACCACCCAUCAGCAUCGCCAGCUACGAGAAGACAACAGUGGAGGGCACCCCGCGAUAUCUGGAUCAGGACAGGCUGAGCGUCAACCCCUUGGACUCUGCUCACGGUGCAGCUCUGUCUUCGUCCAGGCCCGCUUCGCCGCUGCAUUUCCACCCUCGCACGCCUUCUUCGAGGGGGAAGCGGGCUGAAGAGUGA